AUGGCCAGUCCUCCUGGCCAGUCGAGGCCCAUCCCUGCCGAGGAACCGAGCAGAGCGAAUGAUGUCGUGAGCGGCACCUCCACGGCGUCAUAUUUUGAUCCCGUCACGGAGGUUGCAGACCAGGGACCGUGUCGAUGGCGUACAGCCGAUUUCCACGACCAAGAAUGUUCCCGCUACGUCGACUGCCCAACCCACGCCCAUUCGCGAGGGCCUCCGGCGGAUACGGAUACAAGAGGAUCACGGGCACCGGAACGCGAUGCGAGGACGACGCGGCAUGAUCGCUUCGCCGCGGAACUUGCCUCGGACGAGGGUGCAAUAUAUGGCAUCGUCCCUUUCGGGCAGGCGAUGGACACUCUGCCGUCCCGCAUCUCGGAAGCACACGAAGCGUCCGACCUUUUCUCCCGAUCCGAGCUCUCCACACAUGAUACCCUCCGUACCGAACAAGCGAUGGAGGCUCUGCCGCCCCGUGACUUGGAUGUUCGUGAGGCAUCCGGCCGCUCCUCCGGAUCCGAGGUCUCCAUUCAUCAUACCCUUCGUGGCAAACAAGAGACGGAGGCUCUGCCAUCCCGCAGCCCAGACGAUCACGAAACGUCCGAACCGUCCACCCUUGCCCCUGAUUCCUCGCAGGCUGCCGUCACGGCGGAGACCAUCGUCGACCAGACAAUCACGCUGCCUAUCCGAACAUCUUCACUGGCCAGAGGACUCGGUGACGUUUCACCAAGUGACCCGGGCCACGUGACGGAACAUGUUGCCUCCAUCCCAUCCGCCCCCACGCAACAGGGGGACGAGGAUGAGAGGGCGACCUAUGAACAGUUGACGCGACUCGCCUCUGUCACCAGCCCUCUCGAACGCCAACCACGGAGCCUCUCUGGCGGAUCAGGUGACCCGAGAGACCUAGCAGCGUCCCAAGAAUCGCUUCAUCUUCAUGCAUCCCCAGGCUUUGUUCUGCCUCGAUGGCAACCCGAUUCUGAGGCAACCCUGUGCCCCAUCUGCCAAGCCCAAUUUAGCAUCUUUGUGCGAAAGCACCACUGCAGAAAAUGCGGACGAGUGGUGUGCAACUCAUGCUCACCCCAUCGGAUCAUCAUUCCUCAUCAAUACAUUGUGCGACCGUCGGGGUCCAUGGUCCCGUCCAUUGUCCCGUUGCCUCCGAGAUUGCCGCUCGGAAGCCUCGACGUGGGAUACGUGGACGGCGGCGGACCAUCCGGCGGCGAAAGAGUACGGCUUUGCAACCCAUGCGUGCCGGAUCCCAACACGGCACCUCCUCUGAGCCCGGCAUUGUCGGCUGGCGUAUCGCCACCGCCUACGCAACAUGGACUGGGUAACAACAACGGUCAUGUGUACGGAACUCUCUCGUCGGCAAUCCGGUACGGCUCCGCUUUCGCCGGCGGCCAUGGUGGAGGUGGUUUUCAGUACUAUCCCCCGCGGUCGAGAAGCAUCACAAUGGGAACCGCACCGCAUGGCGUCGUCGCGAGCGCAGGGCCCCAUCAACGGGUCAGUGCGACAUACGAGUCGCCAUUCGAUCGAUUCCCGUCCGUCGCGUCGUCGAGCACGCCAUCCGGUUCCCGACGGCACAGACAAAGCAACUCGGUCGGAGACGGCUCUCGUUCGUCACCACGGCACAGGGCUCUUCCUCCGCUGCCGCCGCCGAUCGCCGAGGAUGACGAGUGUCCCAUCUGCCACCGGGAGCUGCCUUCGAGGUCACUGCCGGAUUUCGAACAGCUUCGUGAAUCGCACGUCACCGAGUGCAUCCUGGCCCACAGCGCCUACGGCAGCCCGCAAAGGGCCGCCGGGGACGCCGCGCGACUCCCCGUUCAGAGACGGAGCGGCAUGUACACCUACGCGGCGACGGAGAAGGACUGCAUAGACGACGCCGAAUGCACGAUUUGCCUCGAAGAAUUCGCAGCCGGCGUGCCGAUGGCGAGGCUCGAGUGCCUCUGUCGCUUCCACCGAGCCUGCAUCUCCGCGUGGUUCAUCAGCCACCCGGGACGAUGUCCCGUGCAUCAGCACGACGGUUUUGGAUUCUAG